CACUGGUCUGGUCAGUGGAGCGGAAGAAACGAUUAAGAAGAAUGGAGGUCUCUUCCGUGCAAAAUCUCUGCAAACAUUUAAUUUUCUGCGCAAUUCAACGAUGCCGGAUGUCCGCUGAGCUUUGCAGAAUAUCAAUCGUUCUGAAACUUUGUCCAGAAUUCAAUCCUCCGCUCGUUCGAAUUUCAGUUUCUGAUACUGGUGUUGGAUGCAACCCGAAAGAGUUUGAAGCUCUAAGAUAUGCGACUAAUCCUAUAUCUGCCAGCAAAUUUGAUGGAGUAAUCACUAUUACCACUACGGGCAUUUCUGAUAAUGAAAUCCAUAAUUUCAGCUUGAACAUAAAUGAAACCAUCUCCUCAGGGAGGCUGACAAAGCUAUCUUCAAUUUCGAAAUGUGGUGCAAAAUUCAGUGGGACUGAAGCUGUGCUAUCAACAGCUGAAAGCUUAAACGACUUGCAGAGUGACAUAAGCUUAUUUCUCCAAAAGAUGUCCAUGGUGAAAUUACCUACAGUUGCUGUUGAAUUAUUGGUGGACAGUCUAGGUGUACGGGGUUCACAGUUACAGAGUUGUGUUCUUGCAGUUGACUGCAGUCCUCUCCCUUCUUCUGCCACAAACAUUGAACGUCUGAAGUCAGGCCUUGAAGAAUAUGUUCUCAAGCAUGGAAAUAGACUGGAAAAUUUUUGUCAAUUGUGCUUCUCAACUGCGGAACAUCUGAAGGUUGGAACUGGCAUGGCUAAAGGGUCAGGUACAAGUCAAAGUAAAAGGCAGAUGAUGGAAGCUGUCGUUGUUAUUAGUGAAACAUCAGAACCAGCCUUUCCUGCCUGUUGCAGGCCCUUUGGCAAAAGAACAGAGGUCUUCUUUUUUAAGGACUUCACACCUUGCUCAAUUCCCCAACCAUCUUUGGAUGCAUUGACAAGCAUCAAGUGGAAAGAUUAUGGUCUUACCCUGAAGAGGAUUACUGAUCAAGAUGAUAUUGCACUUCUGGAAUGGGAAAACCUGCCACCAAACUUCCACAUUGACAUUGCCCUCCACAGUUACCAUAAAGAGGUCAUGAUGGUACCUAGCGCAGGUAACAGACAAGCAGACAAAACAUUCACCAGAAAAGCUCUCAAGCUUGCGCUCGAUGAACUGAAAGAAACCAAUGAUAAGGCUCUUCUAAGUUCUCAUGCACUUAAGAUUUGCAAUUAUGCACCUGACCUUGCGAAAACAAUUGCUGGCCUAGUUUUGUCAUCAUGUGACAUCAACUUCAAAAAAGAGUGCUUCUCUGUUCUUGGAUUGCAAUGCCAAAAACUCGAGGCAAGUGGCCUUGAAAACUGCAUAAAGGACAAGAUACUAUCCGCCAUAGGUUCAAAUGACAGAAAGGCCCAACGAACCAGAGAACCUGCAGCUGUUCUUUUUCAAAAUGACUGCUUCCAGUUGGACUUCCAAGACGAAGAAUAUGAAGAUGGACAUAUUCGGUCUACUAUGGAUUACUGGGGAUAGUGGUGAUCAACAUUUUUCAACCCAGAUGACGGGACAAAUGUCAACUUCUCCCGGUUUGAAGAAUUAUUACUCUGCUGAUUCUGACAUUCAGGACACUAUCUCAGUGGUGGAACUAGGCCCUGUAUCUUCCAAGUAUGACAGCUUCAGCUGCCCGUUUUCUUUGUAUAAUGUCAAAAAUGUCAUUUUAGAAGCUAAAAUAUCAGCAUAUAUAUUUUCAUGAGACUUUCGAUACACAAUUAAG